UGGUAAAUAAUAGUUCCGCAGACAGCUGUGUUUGACAUUGUUUAGAUUUUGUACAUUUUAUUAAUUGGAUAAAUAAGGUUUUAAAUCACUUAAAAAUAUUAAAAAGAGCCAAAAUGGAUCCAGCACUGCUUCGCGAGCGCGAGGCCUUCAAAAAGCGGGCGAUGGCCACGCCCACCGUUGAAAAGAAGUCUAAGCCCGACAGACCAGCUCCACCGCCGCCAAGCGAUGAAUCCAAGCGUAAAAUGCGCCCACCAACGGCACCUAAGUUGGAUGCCUCAACGUACAAAACUAUGUCGGGAAGCUCACAAUACCGGUUUGGAGUGCUGGCCAAGAUUGUGAAAUUCAUGCGUACGCGACACCAGGAUGGCGAUGACCAUCCUCUGAGCAUUGAAGAGAUUUUGGACGAAACCAAUCAACUGGACAUUGGUCAAUCUGUGAAGAACUGGCUUGCUAGCGAGGCUUUGCACAAUAAUCCCAAGGUGGAAACCAGUCCAUGUGGCACCAAGUUUAGUUUCAAGCCAGUUUACAAAAUCAAGGAUGGUAAAACAUUGAUGCGGCUGCUUAAACAGCAUGAUUUGAAGGGCCUGGGCGGCAUUUUGCUAGAUGACGUUCAAGAAUCCCUGCCGCACUGCGAAAAAGUGCUGAAAAACAGAGCUGCCGAAAUACUCUUUAUUGUUAGACCUAUUGAUAAAAAGAAGAUUUUAUUCUACAACGACAGAACCGCAAACUUCUCGGUGGACGAAGAAUUCCAGAAGCUUUGGCGUUCAGCUACAGUCGAUGCAAUGGACGAUGCCAAGAUUGACGAGUACCUCGAGAAGCAGGGCAUUCGCUCCAUGCAAGAUCAUGGCCUCAAGAAACCCGUUCCCAAGCGUAAGAAGGCGGCAAACAAAAAGCGGCAGUUCAAGAAGCCCCGAGACAACGAGCAUUUGGCUGACGUUCUGGAGACCUACGAGGAUAACACACUAACGCUGAAAGGCGUAAAUCCUACGUAGAAUUGUAGUUCUUAAGUAGACAAUAAAAAUAACUCUCAAUGGAA